CCUCUCAAAUUAUAUUUUACGCGGCCACACUGAUCCUGAAAAAAAGUGAAGAGUCAGGCAAUAAAGAAUUGCUAAUAAAUAAAUAACCCAGUAACUAGCAAUCAAAUCAACUACAGAAUGUCGGCAGCAAUUGGAUCAAUUCCGCCUCCAGUUUCCUGGGCACAGCGCAGCGACUUGGUCUAUGUGAUCAUCGAUGUUGAGUGCAAGGACAUCGAACAGAACUUCUGCUUUGCCCGCAGAGUGACGGAGAACAGCUUCACCUUCAAGGGUGUGAACGCGCUGGAUGCGUCUAAGAAAUACGAGGUCACGCUCAACUUCUUCGGAACGGUUGAUCCCGGGAAAGUGACCAGCAAGAACAUUGGGCGUUGCCUAGAAUUCACAAUACCAAAGAAGGCGAGCGGACCCUUCUGGCCCAGUCUGACCACGGACAAGACGAAGCUGCACUUCCUUAAGGCCAACUUUGCCAAGUGGCGCGAUGAGUCCGAUGACGAGGAAGCAGGUCAGGCCAAAGACAAUGGAAUGUUUGGCAACUUCCUGAAUGACUCUGGUGUUGAUUGGAACAAAAAAUUCGACGACUUCAAUGUUGACGAUGAGGAGGAGGACUCCGAUGACAACAUCCCUAGCCUUUCCCAGAACGAUGAGGAAGAGGAGGAGACCGGCGAGGGUGACAAGAAGAAGCCGGCUGCUUAGAAAGUUUGCCGAGGUCAAGCAUUUUGGAGUAGUCGUAGCGUUAGCCGAGGCGUUUAUACCAUUAAGUCCACACGAACACACCAACACUCACACUCUCUCCCCCCACACACAACACACAAAAACACCAAUCAACACAUCCAAAUAAAAACAUCCACAUACGCAUGCGUAUAUACACUAUUCCAAAAAGAAUCACCCAUUUAACUUAACUGAAUAUUGGCUGCGUGUUCAGGUGAGGAGAGAGAUGUUAACAACAGAAAGUAAAACGGAACAAGAAACGAAACAUUUUGAGCCGACAAGAAAACCAUAAGUUUUACGCUAGAAUAUAAUAACAACAAACAGAGGAAAGCUACAACCAAU